AUGAGGUCGAUUGAAUGUGUGAGAGGUUUGUGCAAAUCAGCUGAUAUAAUAGCCUUGCAGGAAACAUGGUUGCUACCACAGGAUAUCCCAUUUUUGGGCAGCAUUGAUCCGGACUUUCAGUACACAGGAAAAUCUGCGGUUGACACGGGCGCUGGUAUCUUGCGCGGGCGGCCUUACGGGGGUGUUGCUUUAAUGUGGCGAAAAAGUAAGUUUAGCUCAGUGUCGGAGGUGCGGUGUAAAAGUGAUCGGUUAACGGCUAUUAGAAUAGAACUGGCGGAUCGCCCGCUAUUAGUGUUCAGUGCCUAUAUGCCGACAGAUACGGCCGAUUAUCAUAAUAUUAUAGAAUAUACGGAAUGCCUUAGUGAGGUUGCGGCAAUUGGUCAGGAAUGUGACAUUGACUUAGUGUUUGUGCUGGGUGACUUUAAUUCACACCCAGGAGCUCGGUUUGGAGAAGAGCUAAAGAAUUUUUGUACAGAACAGAAUUGGAAGUGCGCGGACAUUGAGAUUUUAGGACUGAACUCGAAUUCACACACGUAUGUAAGUGACAUUUCCUAUACUAAACGUUGGUUGGACCACUGUGUAGUGUCGGAGGCGGGAUGGAAAGCAGUUGUAGAUGCUAAGAUACACUAUGAUGUUUACUGUCGAAGCUGUAGUAAAAAUAAGAAUAAGAGAAAAAAACAUGUUGUAGGAUGGAACAAGCACGUUAGGUUAGCACAUCGGGACGCGCGAUGUGGGUUUCAGGACUGGGUUCUAUAUGGUAGGCCUAAAACGGGAGAUAUAUAUAACAACAUGGUCUAUACUAGAAAAGUUUUUAAGGAAAGAUUGAAAUGGUGCCUAGAUAAUAAAGAACAGAUACAAAUGGACAUGAUAGCUUCACAUCAUUAUAAUAAAGACUUUGGGAAAUUCUGGAAACAAACGAGUAAACUGAAUCCCAGGUCGCGAGUUCCGGUUAGUGUGAACGGUGUUAGCGAGCCCUCUGAAAUUGCAGAGCUCUUUAAAAACCAGUUUAAAGUAGAAUCUGUACUUGUUCCAUCGGAGGAAUAUUCAUUGAAUCUGGGAGAUGAUUCCAAGUUAGUUGAACAGGUGGUAUUUUCUGAGGUAGAGGUAAAAGCAGCUAUAAAGAGCAUAAAGCGCGGGAAAUCACCUGGACAUGACUCCCUAAGCAUUGAACAUGUACAGUAUGCGGGUGAGCAUAUGUCUAAGGUACUGGCGUUGUUUUAUACUGCUUGCGUGUGUCACUCAUACCUACCUGAGGAAAUGAUGAGGACCCUGGUGGUACCUAUUGUGAAAAACCGUACAGGGGAUGUCUUUGAUAGACGUAACUAUAGACCCAUAUCAUUGGCCACCAUCAUUGCAAAAGUACUGGACAGUGUGCUCAGUAGCCGAUUGGAUACGCAUCUAAAUCUGCAUGACGCACAGUUCGGAUUUAGACCCGGACUGUCCACUGAAAGUGCAGUGCUGUGUCUUAAGCAUACUGUCCAAUACUAUACGAACAGGAACACACCAGUUUAUGCGUGUUUCCUGGACCUUUCAAAGGCCUUUGAUUUGGUGUCUUACAAUAAGCUGUGGCAUAAAUUAAAGACAGAGACCACACUACCUGAAGGCCUUAUACGUCUAUUGAAGUACUGGUACGGUAACCAGAAUAACAUUAUUAGUUGGGCGGGCUCGCUGUCGGAGCCAUACAGGCUGGAAUGUGGGGUAAGGCAGGGAGGAGUGACCUCGCCGAAGCUUUUUAGCUUGUAUGUGAACCGUCUGAUUGAGGAGCUGAGCAGCACCAAAGUCGGAUGCUCUAUUGAUGGUACAUUUGUUAACAAUAUAAGUUACGCUGACGACAUGGUGCUGCUGAGCCCUUCAAUCAAAGCCCUUAGAAAAUUAUUAGGGAUCUGUGAGAGGUAUGCAGUGGCUCAUGGCCUUAGGUAUAAUCCCGAAAAGAGCGAAAUGCUUAUAUUUAAAGCAGGUAAUAAAUGUUAUCCCACAGUACCGUCGGUAACAAUAAGUGGCACCUCGCUUAAAAUAGUAACAAAGUUCAAGUACUUGGGGCAUUGGGUAAAUGCUGACCAGAGCGAUGAUAUGGACAUGGAACGGGAACGUAGGGCGCUGGCGGUCAGAAGUAACAUGCUUAUCCGCAGGUUUGCAAAGUGCACAAAUGAAGUUAAAAUAACUCUAUUCAGAGCAUACUGUCAAUCUUUUUACACUUGCAGCCUGUGGAUUAAAUAUACUAAGAAGGCCUACAGCGUCCUGCGUGUCCAGUAUAAUAAUGCGUUUAGGGCGCUGUUGGGGCUCCCGCGACACUGCAGUGCCUCGGGGAUGUUCGCAGAGGAGCAUACAGAUGGCUUUUAUGCAAUUAUGCGUAAGCGUGUGGCAUCUCUGUGGAGGCGGAUACGCGCGAGCACCAACAGCAUCCUGCGUACAGUUGCGGACCGGUUUGACGGAUCCAUAAUAAAACAUUGGAUCACCAUGCAUGUUAUGCCGUCGGACCGAGCCGCUAAAUAA